AAUGAGUCCAAUGAGUCUGUCUCAACUGUAGUGUUUAAACAUGGCCGACAUGAAGUUAUCUGUUCGUGCGUAUUCAAAAAUCAUUUUACAUGCGGCCAAAUACCCUCACUGUGCAGUUAAUGGUGUAUUGUUAGCAGAAGAUCCCAAAUCAAAGGACUCGAAGAAAGGAAAGGGCUUGUAUAUAACUGAUGCGAUUCCACUAUUCCAUAUAUGUUUACAAGUGACACCUAUGGCCGAAAUUGCACUUACUCAGAUUGACCACAUGGCUUCGAAUUCUGGGUUAAUAAUUGCUGGGUAUUAUUUGGCUAAUGAAAACAUCAAGGAUGUUGGAAUCGAGAGAGCUGGGCCACGAAUAGCUGAAAAAAUUGCAGAGAACUACAGUAAUGCAUAUCUUAUAGUGGUGGAUAAUCAACACCUUACCCUGAACAUGGACUCAUUUGCCAUUGUUGUAUCUCAGUAUGUGGAUGGAAAGUGGAAGACAAAGGAAAGAUCCAGUUACACAGUGGAGAAGAAUGCCCUUGAUGUUGUUGCUGGUUUACUUCAACAGAGAGCAUAUGAUGAACUAGUUGACUUCGACAAUCAUUUAGAUAACAUCUCAUUAAGUUGGAAAAACCCUCAUUUCAACAAGCUAGUUGAAGACUUGGCUGAAACAUUUGGGGAUCAGUAGUGAUCAGUGACAUGUACAUGAUUUGUACUAUAUUGCAAUUUUGUACAAAAAUGUUUUGAGAAUAUGUUGAAUGUGAAUAUUUGAUAAAGUGCGUUCUGGUUUUGAAAGGGUUGUUGUGAACUCAUGUUAUAUAUUCUGAUAGUUUAUGUAUGAGAUUUUUUGUUGGGUAUUUAUUGAACAAGAAUAAAUUUUAUUAUUAUGUGAUUUACUCUUGUUAGUGAUUGAUCUCUGCUAAAUUUUGUGUCAUAUUUUAUGUGAAAAAAAUAUGUACAAGACAUUUGUUAUUUGAAAUUGGUGGCUAUGAUGUCAUAGUUUGCACUGAUUUUCAAUUUUGAGUUUAAUAAAUUUCAACUUUGGGAACAUUCAAUUCUAUUUAUAUUUUUUUUUGAAUUUUGAUUCAAGUAACGAGUAAGUGAUGUGGGUUUGAAAACUGGUGUUCUGAGAUCUGGAAAGUACUUGGGGAGUGUCACUUUUUCCUAUUGCCAUUAAUAUUUUGACUAUGGUUUUUGGUUUUGUACAUUAUUUUCAAUUACUGUUUGAAAAUGUAUGUUAGAUGGGGUCUUAGGAGCCAAAUCAUCAUCCAAAUAUCAGGUUGUACUGAACAAUUGUUUUCUGUUAGCAUAUUCUUUUACUAUUGUGCAAGUGCUUUCAAAUUAAGCUUUAUAACAAAAACAUAUAUUGUCGAAAUUUUUGGUGAGAUCACUGUUGGCUUGGUAUAUUGCUGGUGCAUCAUAGCAAUAUAUUAAAAUUCUAGUGGCCUGCAGCAACAAAAAUGCUGCUGAACAAAACCACAGAAUAUUGUGUUCCAAAAAGUUUCUCACACUCUGCUCAGGACCAAAUAAAAUAUUCUCGUAU